UUUUUUUUAAUCUACAAACGACACAAAUUUUAUUUUGAGAUUCUUGUAUCUGUAAAAUUUUCACGAUAAAUUAUACAUUAUCUCAUUAGAUCUACAUGGCUGUUUCUGAUUGUAUGUGCAGAAAUGCUACUAUAGUGGAAGGAAUAUUUGGGGAGAUUGAUCCAGGAAUCGGAUCAGCAAAAAUUCAAACGGAUAAAUUGAAGUAUGGCGAAGAGAAUUUCAUGGAGAGUGAUUCCUUGACUUCCGGCAGUAGCAAUGGCAAACUUUUUGAAGAGUCAUUGCCAGUGAUCAUUAAAUCGUACACAAUGACUAAUACUAAUCGUAUGGAAGUAGUAAUAAUUACUUUUGGUGCUACCAUUGUCUCACUUAAAUGUCCAGAUAAAUUUGGAACACCAGCAGACAUCGUUUUAGGUUUCAAUGAUUUGGAUAGUUAUUUAAAUCCCGCACUAAAUCCAUUUAUCGGUUGCGUCCUGGGUAGAUGUGCCAAUCGUAUAAAGAAUGGAAGCUUUAGUAUAAAAGACAUGGAUUAUCAGCUGUCGAAGAAUGACAAUGGGAAAGAUCACUUACACGGUGGAGUAAACGGAUUUGGUAGGCAAAUAUGGGAUUCUCACAUAGAUGGCUGUAGUGUUGUCAUGAGCUAUUUGAGCGAAGCUGGCGACGAAGGAUAUCCAGGAGCAGUUUUGACGACGGUUAGAUUUAAAUUGACGGCUGAUAAUAAAUUAGAAAUUACCAUGAGAGCGACGACAUCCAAGCCGACUAUAGUCAAUCUGUCACAUGGUUCUUUGUUUAACUUGGCUGGUCACGGUGCUGGUGAGAAAGAAUUGAAAAAUCAUAUAGUCUCUUUGAAUUGCGAUCGAUGGACUUUUGCUGAUUAUACGGAUCCAGUACCAACAGGAGCAAUUCGCGGUGUGGGUGGUACUGUAAUGGAUCUUAGAAUACCAGGGUUGCUGGGAGAGCGUAUGAGCAAAGUCCCACCUGGUGAAGGAUUUGAUCAUAAUUUUUGCGUAACUAGAAGUUGGCAGCCUGGUUUAUCCUUUGUUGCUAGAAUGCUCCAUCCACGAUCCGGCCGGAUUUUGGAAGUUUAUUCUGAUCAGCCUGGAGUUCAAUUUUAUACUGGAGGACGUCUUCUACAACCAGAAACAAAUUUACCUGGUCUUGAUAAACGCUGUGCAGAAUAUCUAAAGGAGCAAUCUGAAAUGGAGUACAUAAGUUAUUACGAAUAUGGUGAAGAGGAGGAAGAGACAGAGAAAUCUGAACCAAGAAGUUUAAAAAGCACUAAACCAGUUGAGUUUAUACCAGGAAAAAAUGGAGCGUGUUAUAAAAAGAAUCAUGCCUUCAGUAUUCAACCUCAAGCCUAUCCCAAUGCUGUUAAUUUUUCACAUUUUCCAUGCACGAUACUUCGUCCUGGGCAAAUAUAUUAUCAUGAUCUGACCUAUAAGUUUGGUGUACAAUUAGGCAAUUACAUGUAACACAGUGUCAAACGUGUUAAAAAUAAAAAUGGAAUUGUUGAAUAAUCAUAAUUUUUCUUAAAUAU